AUGGCUUCCCACAAGAUGCAAAACCUUAUCAACUACCGGAUGCGCGUGACACUGAACGAUGGACGUCAAAUGACUGGUUCCAUGCUUGCAUUCGAUAAGGCAUUUCUUGCAGAUACAGAAGAAUUCCGUCGUAUCAAGCGCAAAUCCAAGCCCAGCGCCGGCCCCGCAAACGCCCCGAUGGUCGAAGCGGAAGAGAAACGAAGCCUCGGCCUGACUAUCGUGCGCGGUACUCAAGUCGUGUCUUGCUCUGUUGAAGGUCCCCCUGCUGCUGACCCGUCUGCCCGACUUGGCACCGCCGGACCCGGUGCAGCUGCCACUCUUGCCGCGGGCCCUGGUAUCAGCAAGCCCGCUGGCCGCGGCCUGCCUAUUGGACUCGGAGGUCCUGCAGCCGGUGUUGGUGGACCCCCACCCCCAGGCGGAUUCGGAUUCCCCCCUGGCGGUUUCCCCGGCGCCCCUCUUCCAGGCUUCGCUGGGCGUGGAGGACCCCCUGGUGGACCCCCUGGUUUCGCACCUCCUCCUGGAUUUGCUCCUCAGGGUGGCCCCCCUGCCGGUUUCCAACCUCCUCCUGGCUUCCAGCCCCCCGGUCAAGGACGUGGAUACCCUCCUCCUGGAUUUGGUGGCAGGUAA